CAGAGCAGCCAGUGAAAUGCAGAGUUUGGCCGUCCAUCAUUCUCAGAGAACCAAUCGGAAAGCAACAGGGGAGAAUCUCUAUCGCAUCUGAUAGAUCCAACGUGGGGCGAAAGAACGUUCGGAUAAAAAGAAAGUAAAGUCCGGGAGGGGGAAAGCAAGCGGUGGAGACGAUUAGACGUGCGAGGUGAAUCUGUGAAUUAUCGGAUCGCGGGAGUUUUCAGACCGUGCACUGAGAUCGAGAUAAGCUUCAAAUCACUUGAACCGCGCUCGGGAGACUGAAGGACUGAAGUUCGCAAUUCACUCGGACGGAUUUACGGGAACUGUUUCGCUUCCAAAGUUAUUAAUCGUAAUAUACUUACGUGAUCCAAAAGAAUCGAUUCGCACUUUGGAAACCUGAACCUCAAAUCCGUUAAAGAAGCGAAGCCUCAAACUUUGUUUGUUUGUUUUCCUGAGGAAAAGUUUGUUUUUAGCGCCGAUGAUAUCAGACUUUCUUUCAGCGCCUACCUAUGGAGUUAACAGACACGAUUUGCCAUGUUUUUACCUUUUAUAACCACCAAACACUCGUGCGCAAAGCAUUACAAGAACUUCAGACUGUUGAGGAUUUAAACUACAUUUGAUCCACUGGAUCUUUCUUGCCAAAACAAAGCGCAUAUCUCCCAUCCAGACACGCUUUUCAACCUUUUAAGGACAACUUGCCUUUAGUUUUGGCUUCUGGACAACUUUCUUGUCGUGAUUCACCUUUGAAUUACAUACGUGUGGCAGCGGCGGAGAUAAACAUUUUACUGUGAACUCUUUUAGGAAAUCCAGGACUCAUGCAUUGCCCGAAAACAACGCAGCCUAACUUGGUAUUACCGUCGGGUAAACAAACAACUUAAUGAACGCGAAAUAUUCAAACUUUGAGAAACUCUGUAACCUCAAUCUGCCCGUUUGCGGUUGAGAGAAAUCGGUCGUUAAACGCUGAGACAACUGGAUACAAAAUGGCGGCGUGGCUGGGACGAAUGGGAUCACUUUCAUAUUACGUGUUUUAUUGGGUUUUGACGCUGGAGUUGUUAAAUUAUGGCUUGGGCUCGGACGCACCGUGUCCUCAAAACUGUACGUGUACGAUAGACACGACCGACUGCAGUCACUUGGACCUGACCGAUGUCCCCCAAGACUUGCCUACGAGGACUGUGAAAUUAAAUCUGAGCCACAACAAGCUGGCGGCAGUCGAUAUGGACAUCCUCUCCAAUCUGGCCAACCUCCGAGAAGUGAGGCUUGAUCACAAUGAGCUGACAUCUAUUCCUUCAUUUGGAGAUGCUGCACCAACCAUCGUAAUACUCUUCUUGCACCAUAAUAAAAUCAAUAGACUGGAGGGGAGCCUGUUGCAGAACCUUUCUGUACUGGAGACUCUAGAUCUGAGUAACAAUGACAUCACGGAGCUAAAAGACUACUGUUUCCCGCCAGGCUUACAAAUCAAAGACCUGUACCUGACCAGUAAUAAGAUUGUUCAGCUAGAAUUCGGGGCAUUUAGGAACCUAGCCGGGAGCCUGCAGGUCCUCAGACUGAGUCGAAAUCGGCUGACCCACCUUCCUGUUAAAGGGCUGGAGCUGCCCAAGCUCACAGAGCUGGAUCUGAGCAGGAACCGGUUACGCUCGAUCGAGGGCCUCACCUUUCAGGGUUUGAGCAGUUUAGAGGUUCUCAAGCUUCAGAGGAACAACAUCAGCAAGCUGACAGAUGGGGCGUUCUGGGGUCUGGCAGGAAUGAGGGUUCUACACCUGGACUUCAACAGUCUACAUGAGGUGAACAGUGGAUCUCUCUACGGUCUGGAGUCACUCGUUAAGCUCUACCUCUCCAACAACUCCAUCACUAACUUCACCCCUGAGGGCUGGGGCUUCUGCGAGAAACUCAAAGAACUGAACCUGUCCUAUAAUAACUUGACAAAACUGUCUGAAAAUAGUUUUGCCAAGUUGGUGAAACUGAUCUCUCUGCGUUUGGGACACAACUCCAUCAGUCAAAUCACAGAGGGAGCAUUCAGAGGUCUUGGCUCACUGCGCACACUGGAGCUUGAUCACAAUGACAUCUCUGGUACUAUAGAAGACACCAAUGGAGCCUUCGCUGGGCUUGAAAACCUCAACAAACUAACUCUGUUUGGAAACAAGAUCAAGUCGGUGGCCAAGAAAGCCUUCUCGGGCCUGGAGGCUCUGGAGCACCUGAACCUGGGGGAAAACGCCAUCCGCUCCAUCCAACCCGAGGCAUUCAGCAAGAUGAAGAAUCUGCAAUACCUUCACAUUCAGAGUGAUAGUUUUCUGUGCGACUGCCAGCUGCACUGGUUUCCGGAGUGGCUGGUGGGGCGAGGGCUGCAGGCUGACGUUCAGGCCACAUGUGCUCAUCCUGAGAACUUAAAGGGCACCAGUGUCUACCAGGCUCCACCACAGAGCUUUGUUUGUGACGACCUUCCAAAACCUCAGAUCACAGUCAACCCUGUUUCAACGGCAGCAGUAUUGGGGAAAGAUGUUCGUCUCACCUGCACUGCAGCCAGCAGCAGUAGCUCACCCAUGACCUUCACCUGGCGCAAGGACCAGGAGACUCUGCGGCAACCUGAGGUGGAGAACUUCGCCCAUAUGCGGGCCAGUGAUGGAGGAGUAAUGGAGUACACCACCAUCCUUCACCUUCGUCACAUCACCUUCAAUCAUGAGGGCCGCUACCAGUGCAUCAUCAGCAACCACUUCGGCUCCUCCUACUCUAGCAAGGCCCGGGUCACUGUAAACGUGCUGCCUUCAUUCGUCAAGACUCCGCGUGACAUCACCAUACGCACGGGCACAAAGGCGCGAUUGGAGUGCGCGGCAGAGGGACACCCAACCCCUCAGGUGGCUUGGCAGAAAGACGGCGGUACGGAUUUUCCUGCCGCUCGUGAGCGCCGCAUGCGCGUUAUGCCUGACGAUGACGUCUUCUUUAUAAUGGACGUAAAGCCUGAGGAUAUGGGCACGUACAGCUGCACAGCCAAAAACACGGCCGGUAUGAUCUCGGCUAACGUCACCCUGACUGUUUUAGAGACCCCUCACUUAGCUCAGGAAAUGGAGGACCGAAACGUGGUGGUGGGCGAGACUGUUGCACUGCAGUGCAAGGCCUUAGGCAGCCCACCUCCUCGAAUCACCUGGUUUAAAGGGGAGGAGCCUCUUCAUUCCAGCGACCGUCAUCACUUCACUCCAGGCAACCAGCUCUUGGUGAUCGGCAGCACCACUUUGGAAGACGCCGGACGUUACACGUGCGUCAUGUCCAACACGCUCGGGACAGAGCGCGCUCACCUCCAGCUAAACAUUUACCAGCGCGUUGAAGAGUGUACACCCUUCUCUAGUCCCAGCACAGUCACCAUAGGGAUCAUCGUUAUUGCCGUGGUGACCAGCAUUGUGGUGACGUCACUGGUGUGGGUGUGCAUUAUCUACCAGACGAGGAAGAAGAGUGAAGAGUGCAGCGUAAACACGGAUGAGACUGUUGUCCCUCCUGAUGUCCCCAGUUACUUGUCCUCACAGGGCACUUUAUCAGAGAGACAGGACAUUUGUAUACGAGUGGAGUCAAAUGGUGGAUCUCAAUCUAAUGGACGCUUGGAAAACAAUGGCUUUGGAGGACCCGUGUGCACAGACUGCUUGGAAAAUGGCACCAGCUACGCCAAACACUGUAACUACCUCGCUCAUGAAAUAGCGCCUCCUUCAGGUCCGGAGUAUCAGCAACCAUCAAUCUUCACAAGUCAAAACGGUGAAACGCACUGCAAUGGCACACCCAACGGAGUCCGGAAAGAUAGCCAAACACCAAUCUUUCCCACCAAUCACGACAGGGUGAUGAUGGCACCCUCACCACACCAGUACAACAACUGUAAAGGAUUGUUUGUGAAUAGGUCCGACACACCUCCCUCACUUGAAGAGAACUACCAUCGGCCAGUAAAGCUCUUGCCCGCACGGGACUUUGACCUUGGGUCCGAGCUUACACAGACUUUGUUGCCCAACGGGCACACGUACUUGCCCGAUCCCGCCCUGAGCGAAAGUGAACCCUUAAAACGGGCCUGUGACUGACACCGCACCAACCCUCGUCUUGUAAUCUUUUGCACUGAGUACUGCUACCUCACACUGAGGGGCACACGCAACGCUGGCCCCAUUUAUCUGAAUGCAGAACGGGGCGUCCGGAGUUUGAAGGCAAAGCUUGAAUGGGAUGACGUCGUCCCAUCCGAGCGUUUAAGUUGUAUAUAGGUAUAUAAAUCCUCCUCAGGGAGGUCGUCUUUCACACUUCAGAAAUGUGACUUGCAUUUGACGCAUGCAAAUGUAUGAUAGAGUGCUAUAACGUCAGGCUUUGAACUGUACAUAAGAGUUUUGGUAUAUAUAUAAAUAUAUAUAUAUGAAUGUAUGUAUUCUAUAACUUUUACAAAGGAGUGUUGAACUCUAUUUGGUGCAUGGUCAGAACAGAGUGGUUAUAUUUGAUGUUCUUUCUGGAUCUCUUCUGUUUUUGCCAGUUUUUAUAAGCAGUGCCUUAUUGCAAGAUCAAAUAAUCCACAAGAUCCGGCGAGCAUAGUUCUCAAUACUUUUCCUUGCCACAAAUGGAUUGUUUUUACAUGCACUUGACGUUAAGAGAAACUGAAUAUUCAUAACACGUAGCCUUUAGAGAUACUGGCAGUGUCUGUGGCAUGCUGUCAGUUACUACACAAAAUUAGGAUGGUACAGUUGGUACAUACAGACAGAACAAUGUGAUGUCUAUGUGUGGCAAUGUGCUUGAUUUGUUCGCUGCAAAAAUAUUUUUAGUAUUUCCCAGUAAAAACAUCAGAUUUUUCUUAAUGAGAUAAAGUUUUUUGGAUAGGGAAACCUGUUUUAGAGAUUAUUUCUUGAAGUCUAUUUUUCUUAACGCAUAGGCAAAUAAUGUUUUCUUGUUAAAACAUAUUUCUCACUACUGUAAAAAGUGAAAAGUUGGAUCAAUUUAAAAAAAUACUUCAAUUGGUAAUACCUACAAAUUUUAGUUUCUCAACUUAAUAAAAUUAAAGUAUUUUUCUUGUUGAGAAACAAAAUUUUAAGGUGUUACCAGUUGCAGUAUUUUUCAAAUUGAUCCAACUUUUAAUUUUUUACAGUGUAACUGUAAAGAGGAAAAUAAUGAACUUGAAUCUUGAACUUUAAUCCUCAAGUCUCUGAAAAAAAUUACAUUUCUUGUUUUAUAUUUUUACUGGAAACCAAGACAACACAGAUUUCUUUUUUUUGUGUAAACUUACAUUUUAAGUUCACACUGUAAAAAAUAAAAAGUUUGUUCAAUAAAAGCAAGUUACCUGGUUGCCUUAAAA